AAUAAUCACAUCUUAAUUGAAUCCCUGGAGAGUCAGUACAAGACUAUUAUCACCGAUGGAUGCGCUCAACACUCGACCCAAACCACAACCACUCAUAACUGGCCAUUGGAUACACAGACAACACCUGUCGGCCACCGAUCGGAGACUAUUACUACUGAAGACCAGUCAAUGACCGCAGAAUACACUAUAAAUGACGGGCAGAUAGAGACAGACACUGGAAGUGAUGGAUGUGUUGCCACAAAUACAGAGACAAUUCAUAUCAUGAAUGAAAGUGUGAUUAAAAGGGAAAAGGAGGACAUGAAUUGGUCCCCACUUUCUGUGAUGAAGUACUCGACAUAUAAUAAGCCGAAGAGACAGAAACCACAACAGACUGCGAGGAAGUCAUUUGUCAGUUCACCGCCGAAGACAUCAUUCUAUAUCUGCGAUUGGAUGGGAUGUGUGGAUACAUUCAUAACGAAGAGUCUAUUGGAUAAUCACCGGAAAGUCAAUCACAAAAUUGAUGUACCAUUUGGUGCGCGACUUCAAGGCUGGCGACAACAAGUGGCCGACAAAGCAGACCGUCUGACAGAUCCGUCUACUUCUUUGCCUCUUAAGCCGUUUGCAUGCGAUUACAAAGACUGCCACUUUCGGGCCGUCAAUCAGUCAAUACUUGACAGCCAUCGGGAGUAUCACAAGAGUGUUGACCUUCAAUACAGUUGCGAUUACGACGAUUGCCAUAUGAGGUUUGCAGCCGAGAGGUCGCUAACCAUUCACCGCCGCACGAGUGGACACUUUGUAGACAAUGAUAUACUGGCGACUCCGGGGCCGCCCUAUGGCUGCCAAUGGCCUGACUGUACGAAAACCUUUAAUACAAUGUGGAAACUGAAGAGACACGUGGAUGGCGUCCACACAAACGUCCGGCCAUUCGAGUGUCACGACUGCCCGAAACGGUUUCUAUCGAAUAGCGAUCUUUGCACACAUCGCCGGGAAAAGCACUCAUUGGAACCGAUUGUGCCGAAGAAGGUGUUUAAAUGCGAUUACAAUGACUGCCAGUACGAGACCACCUAUUCGGGCACUUUCAGUGAACACAAGAAACGUCACCUCAAUAUCAAAAAGUUUGUCUGCGAAGAGACCGACUGUGCGGCGAGUUUUGUUACUAACGGCGACCUUAAGAGACAUAUGCGGUCGCACAGCGAUGAACGGCCGCAUCGGUGCGAUUGGCCCGGAUGUGAGAUGGCGUACAAAAAGACCGAGAGUUUGGUCGAUCACCGGCGCCGACACACCGGAGAUCUGCCCUUUUUAUGCGAUGACUGCGAGGAAAGGUUUCCCUCCAAUAACUCACUGACAGAACACCGCCGGAGACGACACGACACUAAGAGAUAUGAAUGCGCUGUCAACGGCUGUUCGUGGGCUACAAACACGCGGUCAGAAUUCAUUGUCCAUCGAGGGAAGCACCAGAAUGUGGGGCAAUUUGUGUGCAAAGAGACCGAUUGUGGGAAGAGUUUUGUACUCAAGUCAAGACUCAAGAAACAUAUGGUGUGUCACAGCGAUGAGAAGCCGUAUCGGUGCGAUUGGCCCGGAUGUGAGUCGGCGUAUAAAUGGUCCACAGCUCUGGACCAACACCGGCGCAAACAUAGCGGCAAUCGGGAGUACAAGUGUCCGUUUGAAGGUUGCGGCAAAAGUUUUAUGUCUUGUAAUAAUCUUUGGACGCAUAGAAAUAUACACAAACAGCCGUAUGUCUGUCAUUGGCCCGAAUGUGACCAGAGAUUUGGUGAUAGCCGUCGUCUUAAGUCCCAUAUGAACGAACAUCAGGGCAUUCGUCCCCAUAAAUGCCAUUUCAGUGGAUGUGAUAAAAGCUAUUUCGGUAAACCAUCACUCAAUGCACACCUAAAAGCCGUUCAUAAAUUGAUCUUAAUUGAAUCCCUGGAGACUCAGUACAAGACUAUUAUCACCGAUGGAUGCGCUCAAUAUAAGUCAUUGACUGCCGAUUACGUUGAAAGUAAGGGACCGAUAGAGACGGACACUGGAGUUGAGAGAAGUGUUGACACAAAUGAAGAGAUAAGACAUACCAUUAAUGAGAAUGAGAUUAAAGUGGAGGAGGAUAUGGUUUGGGAUCCGCUUUCUGUGAUGAAGUACUCGACAUAUAAUAAGCCGAAGAGACAGAGAGUACAGACGGCGAGGAAGUCAUGUAUGAGUUCACCGCCGAAGACAUCUAAAGUUUAUCAGCCAGAGACGAGUCCACUGCCAAAGACAUCCCUUUAUGUAUACGAGAGAACUGGCCAUCAAUACCGCUGCGCUUAUGACGACUGCGGCCGGAGUUUUAUGGAUGAGAAGAGUCUCAAAACACAUCAACACCUGAGCGGACACUUUGAUGACACCGACGAUAUGGCGAUUCCGGGGCCGCCCUAUGGCUGCCAAUGGCCUGACUGUACGAAAGACUUUAAGACUACAUGGAUGCUGAAGAGACACGUCUCUCAGGUGCACACCUGUGUCCGGCCAUUCGAGUGUCACGACUGUCCGAAACGUUUUGUCGCUAACCGCGACCUCAAGAGACAUAUGUCUGUUCACAGCGAUGAAUGGCCGCAUCGAUGCGAUUGGACCGGAUGUAAGUCCGCCUUUAAAAAGGCCGAUAGUUUGGCCGAUCACCGACGCAGACAUUCUGGCGAUUUGCCAUUUGCUUGCGAUGACUGCGAGGAAAAGUUUCCUUCAAUUAGUUCACUCAAUAGUCACCGCCGGAGACGACACGACACUAAGAGAUACGAAUGCGAUGUCAGCGGCUGUUCGUGGGCUACAAACACGCGCUCGCAAUUCGAUGUCCACCGACGAAAGCACCAGAAUGUGCGGCCAUUUGUGUGCGAAGAGACCGAUUGUGGGAAGAGUUUUCACAGAAAGUGGUCCCUCACUAAACACAUGCAGUGUCACAGCGAUGAACGGCCGCAUCGGUGCGAUUGGCCC